AUGUUCUCCAGCAAAUUUAGAACAAAAGGUGUCAUGAAGCUGUCACGUUAUAUGGCAAUGCUGUCACGUGUGCCACACAAGUUCUACCACGAAAAGACUGUCCGGAUCUUCGAUUUGACCUCUCCUGAUGUUGGCGUUGAGGUCAAUAAACAAGUUGUUGUUGGUCGCUCGCUGUACGAUGCCGAUGGGGUUGAACGAUACAUCAUUCCUGAGAAAAUCAAUGUAAGGACUAAACAAAUUAAGCAGAGCAACUGCCUCCUGGACUUCCUAAAACGCACGGACUUCCUAAAACACCAGGACUUCCUAAAACGCCUGGACUUCCUAAAACACCUGGACUUCCUAAAACACCUGGACUUCCUAAAACGCCUGGACUUCCUAAAACGCCUUGUGUCUGCACAGCCAAGGGAAGCCCACUUUCUGAGCACAAAUCUCAUCAAACCCGAAUUUCUCGCACCAGUUCCAUGUGACAUUAUUGACUUCAAUCUAAUAAAUUUGGUAAACUUAAAAAAAAAGUACAUGUUAACCGUAGAAAUCGGUAAACGAAGAACACGUUAA